AUGCCAGCCGGUAUUGGAAGCUUGAAUCCGCUGCCCAGCAAGAUCGCUGCGGAAAUUUUAGCGAUGGACUCUGAGGCAUCUAGUGUCGAACAAGCCCCGAGUGAAAAGUCGGAGAAGCUCGAUUCUCCCCUGACAGAGGAACUCUCGGAAAAAGAUGAGAUCGAAUGUGGUUUGCAAGCAAAGUCUCGACCCCAUCCAUCCAUAAGAUCACUGUUGGCUACAGGAAACUACCACGGGAGUGCAGUUCAGAUCAUCGCAGCAGCUUGUGAGUCCAACGAGGAUGUUCGGAAGCAACAUCUGUAUGACCUUUGGGCACCUACCAAGAAGCAGAAGUCUGUGUCUUCAUUCCCGAUGCGCAAGACUCCGAGUCUCAUGCUGCUGUUCAAGCAGAAGAAAGAGUUGUCUGCCUCUGCGCCCACCGCUCCUUUCUUAAAGUCAGGAUGGAUGGAGGUGAAGACAAGGUGCUUCUUCUCCUGCAAGUGGGAAAUGCGCUUCUGUGAGCUCAGCAUUGAGGGAGAUCUGAACGUAAAGAAGUCAGAGACAUCAGACCCUAUGGAGGUCAUCAGCUUGCGGGGGAUGACUUUGAAGAGUGAUGAGAAAGACCUCACCAUAAUCCAUCUCACCCCAGUUAAAGGAGGCAGCUCGUUCAAUUUCCGGAUUUCCAAUUUCAAGAACAGGAAAGAAUGGAUUGAAUCAUUGAGACCUUGGACGAAGCCUGCUCAGAUGCAAAAGAGCAAUGAGAUGGAUGAGAUGCGCUCCAAGUUCUGUCAACGAGGUGGGCAUGAUGUUGGUGCCGACAAACGAAGCAUCAGUAUGGAUUUUACGAUGUUGCGGAGGGCAAUGUCUAGUUUGAAGAAGGAUGCGCAUAACUUGAAAGAUUAA